AUGCACCACCCCUAUUUUAUGAAAAAGCUGGAGAAGAUCCUGAAGAAUGAAUUAGAGAUUUUAGACAAUACUGGAAACGCUCGAACCAGAGUAAGGAUUUAUGGACUUUUUGAGACAUGUUUAAGAGAUGAUACAAAAGAUUGGUAUGAAACUCAUCUCAAAAAUAAAAAUUGGGAAUUGCAAAAUAUUAAUGACAAUACAGGUCUUGCAGAUCUUGGUGCCAUCAAUAGAUUGGCUAACAAUAAUGCAUUGCGUGCUAUUAAUGUCAAUCAGUUUAGAAGCGGAGCUCUUCAUAUAAGAAAUACUGUCCCAGUCAAUAAUAAUGCAAUCGCCAUACCAUUAGUGCUGGCACAUACUGUUUUCGAUAAAGACUGGUUGAUAUCUGGUGGACGACCAACAGAUCUAGCUCCAAAUGCCCUCAAUGCUAAUGUAAGAGGAGAACCGAUCAUGCUUUCACAAAAUGAUUUCAAAAAAAUUAUAAUGGGUUUGAAGAGAACUAUUGUUAAAGGACAACAAACUUUGAAGAAACCUCCCGAACCAGGAAAACGAAAAGCCAAUGAUCUUGCUAUGGAUCAUUUUUUAGAUAGUAUUUCUGAUAAUACAGGUUUACCAAGAGAUUAUUACAAUUACGAUCCAGUUGAAGAUCUGAGAUUACAAUUCGAGGAGUUAGAUAUCAAUCAAGCAAAAUUAGCUUGA